CGAUUGCUGCUACAGCAGGCCGUGUUGCGAGUGUCUUCGAGCAUUGCCAGGCAGCAAACCUGAGAUUAUUCCCAAGCUUGUUUAUAUAUUUGAGGUAUUCAGCCUGAUAGGAGGAGCUCCGUUCACCUCCGCAGCGGACUGAUAAAUGGAUUACACACCGUGAAGAAAUUCCUUCUAGACUAACCCAGGCUCCUCAAAGACUCUAAUUCCUAAACUUUGGCACUUUUUCUUUUUGGGUGAACCUGGCAUAGAUUCACCUGCACAGCGUAAUACUCACCAUUCGAGUCCUUAAUCACUGGAUAACAAUUUAAUCAUACCACCGUCCACGCGGUUCAGGAGUUGUUUGUUAAGAGAAUCAGUACUAGCGAUAUCCACGGUGUUGUUGUGGGAGCCAGUUAUCUCGGUGUUAGGAGUUCACAGUGAUACUCAGCGGCCGAGAAGGACUGAACAUAGCUGUGGAACGCUGCUGUGGAGUUUUUUACGCUACCAGUUCCUCUUUGGUUUCAACGCAUCAUGGAGUAACCCAGUCUACUUGAGCGAACGAUAUUUGGAAAAAGUUACUCUCACAGGUUUGGAUUCUUUAAUUACGAUGGCUACACCACAAGACGACGUUAAAACAUCCCUUACUGGACCACAGAGGAAAAAUGUGCAUAUAAGUGAUGAGAAAGCCGAGAUUAUUGAAAUAGCUGAAAAACACGGGCCUCUGUAUAAUGCGAUACCGUGUAUGCCAUUGCCAGUGGCUGUCAUGUGCUGCGUUCUCAAUAUCAUCAUCCCAGGACUAGGUACAAUCAUCUCGGCCUUCUCUGUGUUAUGUGGAGCUAAGACGAGGAUAGACAAGCCAAUUAAAGCAUUCGGAUUAAACAUCUUGUCAGCACUUCUACAAAUGGCGUCCUUCAUCAUCAUAGUCGGCUGGGUGUGGAGCAUUAUCUGGGGGAUGAACUUUGUCCAGAUCGCAAAAGAUGAUUCUGAAGAGAGAGACGGAAGAGAAACCACUAUGGUUUAAAGACACCUGUAAUAUGUAGCGGAAAUACUGGCAUCGGGCGAAUCCCAAAGGAUACCUUACUAUGUCAGAAGGCAAAGCAGUGUAGAGUGAUCUGCCCUUUGAGUCCUUCACACACACUGACCUAUCGUCGGUGGCACGCGAGUGUCAUCUAGUUAUGCCGAGACGUCAAGAAACGCCAACCAGAGCAGAGAAAGAGGGAAAUAUCUUAGAUUACACUCAGGAAUGCGUGGAUACAAGCCCCUCCGUUACUCUCUGGAUGAAGGUUUUAGUUAUCGUCUACAGAAACGUCUGUCGCUGACAUGUGUGGUGUCCUAUGUUGAGUGCAUCGUGUCACGUGAUCAGCAACUCGGCAGAACUCGGGCAUUUCCGAUUUUUGCGAAUUGUAUGUCCAUAUAAUUUUUGUACAUUUUCAAACGAUGUGACAUUCAUUUUAAUCAUGUUCUGUGUGAAUCUCCGCCAGAGUGGUCUAUAUUCAUGUGUUAUGUUUUCAUGUCAAAUGAACAGUAACGUGUUUGUUCUAUUUUGAUAUCCGUUCUGAUACGCCAUUCAGAUGAUUAUUACUUCAUAGCUGAUACGUUCUAUCCUCAAUACACGAUUGUAAAUUUUGAUGCUUGAGAUUGUAAACUUGAUGCAAUAUUCAUCUGUAAAAUAUUUCUCUGACUUGAACAAACUAAACCUCGUUUGAUUCAUUUAAAAUUUCUGUAAAUGUCACAGUCAUUUUCGCUUAGGGCGAGGAUGGUGAUGUAUAUUUAGAUCUAACUUCAUCGGUACGUAUAAAUACCAUACUGCUCGGAAGAGGUUAAGAAAAACACGCACAAUUUGAAGGUUGUGCUGUACGAACCAUCAUACAGAUUAAGUAUUGUCAUCUUUUGAGAAG